AUGCACACCGAUAGUGUUCGAUGCCAUCAGACUCUCACGUCUACUUAUGCUUUUUCACUUUUUCAUACACUGCUCACCGGAUCUUUUGUUUAUCGCAGGGGAGUAUUCAUAACCGGAAGAUGUGUCAUCAUUAGAACUGUUUAUCACAAACCGAUUCACAGUUUUCUAUCAUAUCUGAUUGACGGAACCAUCUUGCUUUCAUUAUCUGAUGACAAUUUCAGGGUAGCAGUUUACGUUACUCGCUAUGUUGGCGUCAGUGGCGUUCCCAGCAAAUCAGUGAGCUUUCGAGCUUUGUUGCAUGGUGCAUUUUUCCUUCUGCUGCUUUUGAAAACCUACAUGGAGCACUACAUCGAUAUUCUUCUCUUGGCCUGGUUGUUCAUAAGUACAGUUUACGUGAAUUCCCGCUUGCAAGCAGACCUUAUCGAUAAAGACCUUGGAUGUCCAUCUCUCCGGUGUUUAUUUUUUGCAACUUUUCUAAUUUUUUGUAUGGGUUUUAUGAAUUACUCUUUAAGGGAACGAGACAUAUAUCUUAUGUUUGCCUUCAUCUCGCCAUCCAGCCUUUUUUCUUCUUGGGGCACAACAUUGUGGUCUAUUGUGCUACUUGAUUGCUCUGUCAAAUGUAUAGUGCUAUUCAUCAAAAGCCUGUUGUUGGUUGUGCCUUCAACCGUUAUAUCAAGUUAUGCAAUGGGCACCACACUGGCAACCAUCGAAUGUAUAUCCUUACUCAUCAGAAACUCAUAUGCAUGCAUGCCUUGGAUACUUUUCUUUCUUCAACUUGAACGGACAGAAAAGGCCGUUUACCGCAACGUUUUGCUCCUCGUGCUGUAUAUCGUCCUAAAACUCAUUUCUUUCCUCCACUGUGUAUGGACUGUUAAAGGCCUUCUGCUUGGUCUGUACGCCGAUCCGCCUUUCAAAAUGCAACUCGAAACUUCCACUGAUCACUUGUGCAUACUGUGCUCCAAGAGGAUCAGUCAUGCUGUUCUCCUGUGCCAGGUGAUUUUUCUCUUUAAACCUCGCCCUUCCAUCUCUAUCUUGCCCAUGUUUUUUAUCCGUUCCUCCUUUGCAGUUAUCCUGUUUUCCGCUUCAACAUAUUCUCAAAAGCGCCGUACGCCUUGUCUGUCGUGGUGUUCUUAAUUCUCUCCAUUGUUCACUCGAUAUUCCUCCGUUAGUUUUGCUUGCACUUUCACUUUUCACUGAGUCUGUGCAAGCGCGUUUCUGGAGCUACAACUAUUUCAAUCGAGCUUCUGCUUUCGAGCACCACAAGCUCGUCGAAUUAUUGCACGUAACACAUUCCUGCACCAAUUUAGAGUUUGCAUCUUGCUUGAGAAAGUCUUUCGGAAGUGUCAUAUGCACACCAGUUCACUUGAGAGCGUUAUGCGCCUCCUGCCGAAUAAAA